UAUGGACACGAGCCCCUUCACUCGCCACACCUUCUGGUCCACAGCUGUGCUUGGGUUCUACAUCACCAUAAAUCUCUUGGGCCUAAAUCAAGCUUGUUAUCAGAGGUUUGCUUCUGUCAGAAGCUUACAGGUGGCACAGAGACUUGUUCUUUUUUUUAUGGUUGGAAUGAUUGGACUGUGGUUUCUGUUUUACUUCUCCGGGGUAGUAGCGUAUGCCGUCUACCAUGACUGUGACCCUUUGAAAGCAGGUCUUAUUGAGAAGCCAGACCAAAUUCUUCCCUUUCUAGUGAUGGACAAGCUCGGCCACCUCACUGGACUACCUGGCUUGUUCGUCUCCGCUGUGUAUGGCGGUGUGCUAAGUUCCCUAUCUACCACCGGGAACGCCAUUGCAUGCCUGGUGUGGGAGGACAUCCUGCUGCCAUGGCCUUACUUCGCCCGCAUGUCUAACACUGCUUCCAGCGCAGUCUGCAAAAUAGUGUCGGCUGUAGCUGGCGUGUCCGGCAUCUUCUUGGGGAUGUUGGCAGGACAGUUGGGCAACGUAUUUCACGUGACCAUCAGUGUGUCAGGAUCAAUCAUGGGGCCAAUGCAAGGCAUCUUUGUCGCUGGCAUCUGUGUACCUUGGGUAAACACAAAGGGUGUCGUGAUCGGAUUCCUUACUGCCAUCUCCUACAACCUGUGGAUUGUAGUGGGCAAAUUCUAUAGAGGCGGAGGCUCUCCUCAAAUGCUGCCACUCUCUAUGAAAGGUUGCCCAGAGAAUAUACUCAACUUCGUAAACUCCACCAUAAUCAACAGUACCAGCGAACUAGAUUUCACAAUUGGACCCACUGCAGCUCUUCCAGAGGAAUCAUACAGCAAUCAAACCACAGCUUAUGGACAAACCAACGAGGAAGAGGAAAAGUCCAUGUACGACGUCUCCUAUUGCUUCUUUGGUAUAGGUGGCAUCGUCAUUACUGUCAUUGUCAGUAGCAUCGUUUCCAUAUGCACCGGUCCGCAUCGGCCUCAAGAUGUAGACCCUCGGCUGGUGAACCCAACAUGUGCAAGACUUUACAUCUGGCUGUGGGGAAUGUUUUGUUCCUCCAAAAACAAACCUGGCCACACCGACAUUCCUUAUGAAGAGAGCAGCGUAGCAAUGUUGCCCACCAACGCGGUAAAACUGUCCUCUUUGCCAGGAGGAAAGAAACCACGUUGAGACUAAUGUUAGGACUGACGAUUUAAAUGUCUAUGUGUUAUAUACCAAUGUCAUUAUAAGAAUAAUAAUCAGAAAACUUUAACCAUUUAAAAUCUUUACUGGUUUUCUGAGUACAGAUAGGACGUGAUUUAGUAUCGUUAUUAAGUUUAAUGACUCAGUCAGUAUAAGCGUAAAUUGAAACUGGGACUUUUUUAAUACUUUGUCUCCCUGCGGAAAUGUUCAAUAUAAUUUUGAGGCACAGAAUCUCUGUAUGAUUCAAUCAAUAUGUCCAUUGACAAAGAGAACAUUGCUUUUGAAAACUACUCGGAUUUUUCUAAGAUGUAAUAUCAUGAAUAAAAAACAUUCAGGUGCUACAUUCCUAAUGAA